AUGGCUAAUUCCAAGUAUGAAUACGUGAAAGCGUUUGAAAGGGAGAAUUAUCUACUACCGGAGACAUACAUUGUGAUACGUGUAGAUGGCAAAGGAUUCCACAAGUUUUCCCAGUAUUAUGGCUUUGAAAAGCCAAAUGAUAUACGAGCAUUGAGGGUUAUGAACAAGACCGCUUUGAAAGUAAUGGAGAGAUAUAGCGAUGUUUGCAUGGCCUAUGGAGACUCGGACGAAUACAGUUUUUUGUUACGAAGAAAAUGUGAAUUGUAUGAGAGGAGAGAAAUGAAAUUGUGUACCCUCUUUGCUAGCUUGAUGUCAACCUAUUAUAUGUUCUAUUGGAACUUGGAAUUUGGUGAAAACCCAAUUCUGGAGGAAAUGAUACCAACGUUUGAUGCAAGGGCAGUGGUCUACCCCCACUUUGAAGUUGUAAGGGACUAUUUCAGCUGGAGACAAGUGGAUUGUCACAUCAACAAUCUAUACAAUACUGCCUUCUGGAGUUUAGUGAAACUUGGCCUAACCCCACAAGAAUCCGAACAAAGACUAAUGGGUACUGUAUCGUCCGAUAAGAAUGAAAUAUUAUUCAAAGAGUGUGGCAUUAACUAUAAUAAUGAAUUGGAGAUAUUCAAAAAGGGGACAAUCUUGGUACGAGAGCUUGUUAAUUAUGCUCCCAAAAGUGAUCUUAGUUCCAGACAGAAACAAAGAGAAGACAAAGUUAGAAGAAAAGCAGAGAUAAAGCUGUAUCAUGUAGAUAUUAUUAAUGAUGACUCAUGGUGGGAGUCACGUCCGUGGUUAAGUGAAUAG